AUGACUUACAUAUUAUCAUUGAUAAGUACACUUAAAUUCACUCUCUUAGCGGCAGUAACACUCCAAGAAGAUGGCGCAUCAUUCAUUCUUGUCCCUCAUGGCUUCAGUCCCGAUAAUGCCGAAAGAGUAAUCAUUCCAGCAGUAAUUUCGGGGCCUCAGCCACCAUUUCCAUGCCUGGUUGCUGGAAUGGGUACAUAUGAACACGGUCAAACAUUCACCAAGGAACAUUUCCAUUACAAAUGCAACAAUGGUACUGCUGAAGUUAUUGAUCUCUAUCAUAGUAAUUAUUAUCUUCCAGCAUGUGUAGCAGAUGAUAAAUCAGUGAUACAUAUCGGUCGAAUGUUUAGACGAGGUGGUGUUAGGCACAAGUGUGAUGUGAAGGGAGACAUGGUCACUUACGAGCAAGAAUCAACAUGUUACGAUAAUGGGAUUCAUUACGAUGUUGGCGAUCAUUUUCGUAAUGGAUCAUUUGUGCUUGUCUGUCAAAAAGAUGGCAUUACGAUUGAAGGUUGUUAUGUUCGAAACACAGAUAUCACAAUUGCUGUAGGAACCGAACGAAUCGUUGAUCAUUAUUUGCAUAAAUGUGAGCUACUUGACCAAGGACGAGUACGAUACACUGCAAAUUGUAUUAUUUUAUUCACUUUAUCAUUGGAACUUCAUCAAACCGUUUCCGUUUUAAAUCUGAUUGGAUGUAAAAAAGAUAAUGAAUUUUUCAAUGAGGGACAAAUAUGGACAUCAGAGCAUAUUCGUUAUCAGUGUACAUCAUAUGGAAUCGUUCGAGUACUUGGUUGUGUGGAUGAUGACGGUUUAUUCGUUGAACUUGGAAGAGAUGUGUUGAUGCGUAAUAUCGUACAUCGAUGUUAUAGAGCAGAUAAAACUACAGUUUACCAUCGUUUCGCAUGUGUUGGGCGAACACUGGCCGAAUGUAUUCUUACACCUCCGGUGCAACGACUAUCUCCAAUUUCCGAGACAUGA